GACAGCCCCCUGUCCCAAGUCAGCCAUACCCCCUUUAAUUGUUUUUGCGUGUUAGAGAGAGCGAGUUUAUUCGGGCAGGGUAGAGAGUGCAGCCUCACUCUUGUGAAGUACCAACUAGGGUGGAUGGAGCACGACAUCUCUCUCCGUCCCACCUUCGCAUGCCAAGUCAGACUGACUUUAUCAUCAUUCACCGGCGGUGACUUUAUUUUGUCCACUGCAUUUAAAGUGACUGACUGAGAGGAAAAAGGAAGAAGCCAGUUUUUCAGCCUCGGAGGAAGAGAGCAGGGCUUCCCAAAAAAGUGCGUCACCAGAAACCAGUACUGACAGCCUGGACAAGAACCCCAGAAGACAGCCACCAUGUGUGACUGUUUUCACCUGGCAUUUCCCAACUGGCAUGCAUCAGCCGCGGGAGGAAGGCGAAGGCUGAAGGGACCGGAAGACACAGAUGAUGAUUUAGUAUGUGAGGACCCUGAAGUUUUAGAGGAGGAAAGACCUCGUCCACAGGGUUCCUCUCCUGUUGAGGAAUUCCCCACCACAGAGAAAUACGCAAAACAGGCUGAAGGUGAUUUCUAUGACUCACCCACCAAGAGUUCCAAGAAAAGCAAAAGGAUUGGUUUCGGCUCGCUGUUUGACAAGCGUUCCUCUGCCAAGAUGAAUCAAACAGAGGAUACACAAAGUGAUCAGUCAGAAAUAAUAGUGAAAACUGUAAAAGAAGUCUGUGCUGAGGGUUUGGUUGUGAGUGGAGGAAAGGAUGGCAUCUUCAUCAAGGAAGUAAAACCAGAGUCACCUGCCUCAAAGCUAAGUGUGAAAGAAGGUGAUCAAAUACUCAGUGCUACAGUAUACUUUGAUAAUGUGUCAUAUGAAGACGCCCUCCAGAUUCUUGAGCAUGCUCAACCAUAUAAAAUGGCAUUCUGUUUAAAACGCAAACCACCUCCAAGAACCCAGGAAGAUGCUGAGGCAGAGAGGCCAGAUACAACCAUUGGCGAGGAGGCUGAGCAAAUAGAGGAAGGUAGCGGACCAGAGAUGAGAGGUCGAAGAAAGACAAAAAAACAACAUGAUCGCAUCUCUUGGCCCAAAUUCCCUACCUUUAGCAGAGGUCGCAGGGGGAAUUUUAAAAGAUCUCACAGCACGUCAGAAGCAGAGGAACAGAGAAAAUUAGAGAUAAGUCCACCAACAAGUGACACAGAGUCUCCUCUUAAGUCUCCAUUAAAAUCCCCAGAUGGAAAAGACAAGAAAAAGAAGCAUAAAAUGAAACCUAAGAAGCGUAUGGCAGGCCGCAGGAGCAAAUCUGUCGAAGAAACCCAAGAAAACGAAGAGGCACUUGCAACAGACAAUAUGGAGGUCUUGGACAAUGAAAUUAUUAUGAAUAUAGUCGAAGAGAAAGUGCCAAUGACUAAGGUGAUAGAGAGUCCUAAAAUAUUGAAUGUAGCUGAAAAUACCGACUCAAAUAAAACAGGAAAUAAAUAUACAUUCCUGACUUUGCCAGCGACUGAAUCACUGCAUAAGGUUGAGCUUAUCAGUGUGGACACCACAUCAAAGACUACUGAUAUUACAGUCGCUCUUGGAGAUGAUGGCAAAGAAAGGAGAGAGAAAUCAGAACUGAGGGAUAGCAUUCCAGGAAAGGAUAAAUAUGAAAUAGAAACAGAAAGCCAAUUAAAAUCCUCCACAAGUGGAAUGAGAACUUUGGAUCCAUCAACAUUUGACAAUAUUUUGGACAGUCCUAAUGUAAUAUCACACACAGAACCAGUUGGACAUCAAGUGGAUUCCGAUAGCAAACCAAUAAAUCAAGACAUUUUAGAAAAGACCCAAGAGUCAGGAAAAACAGACACGACUAUUCCUAAAGUUGAUGUUUCUCUUGACAUGCCAGAGGUAGGACCAAUAAGCAAAACACCAAUAACUGGCAGUGACAAGGAAAAAAAAGAAAGAAACAUUCUAGAAACAGAAAGUUAUGGGAUUCGAACCAGAGGACCAUUGGCAGACAUAGCCACAUCAAAGAGUAAUUUUUCAAAUGCAGUAAACAAAAUAGAUUUUACAUCAGACACUUUAACUUUUGAGAUCCAAACGAGAGAGGAUAGGCCCUCAACAGACACAAAGAAACCAAUCACUCCAACUCCUGUUAUAUCCCAGCCAAAAUCACAUGUUCUGGUUGUGGACAAAAGCACGAAGAGCACUGGAGGUAGCACAGACACUGAAUCAAAUUUUAAACUGCCUAAAGUGGAUGUCUCUGAACUAGACCACCAAGAAUCAAUAACUGUAAGACAGAAAGACUCAACCAAAGUGUCUCUUCUGAAACGAGAGGAAAUUGAAAUUCCUGGCAUGGAGGGCAUAGGAUCAAAAGCUAAGGUUAAGUCUCCUAGAAUUAAAGAACAAAAAGUUGAGAAUAUAAUCAAAAUCUCAAAAGCAGGAGAAAAGCAAGCUCAGGUGGAAGCAGAAGAGUUUAAUGUUGAGGAUGUAAAGGAUGCAGUAUCAAAAUUCCCUGCCUUUAAAUUACCUGAGAGAGACAUCACUGGAGUCCUUGUACAGAGAGAGGUAACAAUCAUGGAAAUUAAGUCAGACAAGACUGGCAUGUCACCUAAAAUUCCGAGCAUGAGCACAGAAAUAAACAUUAAGUUACCUGACACAAUGGAUAAAGAAAAACAGAGACUUUCUCCUGUUGCUACAAAAGAUCAAGCCUUCGUAUUACCAAAAAUUGAACAAUUGCAUUUUGAAGAAACGGUUAAAAUCGAGAGCAAAACAGACCUAUCAAAAAUGAAACUUGCUGACCACCAACCCAAAACUGGCAAAAUGUUAGCAAGGGAUGAUAAGCCAAGUACAUCUCCAGGUGUAAAAUUCAAACUUCCAAAGCGUGAAGACAUUGAAAUACCAGGAAUGGAAGCCAUUGAACAAUCAGUUCAACCAACAAAAAUCAUAAUAGCCAAAGAUAUAAACAUCCAAGAUGAGGCUUUGAAAGACUAUACUGAUGCAAAUAUCAAAGCUGACAAAAUUGUGCAUGAAAAGAAAUCAAAGUUAUCAAUGCCAAGUUCUGAAAUCAUGACACCUGACAUUCACUUGCCAGGUAUUGCGAUUGAAUUACCAAUAAAGGCCACGUCACCUAAAAGUGAUAGUGGCACAAUCAAGGAGAGGACAACUGAGGCUAAAAUAUCUCUUGAUGAAGACAAUAUCAAAAAGACAGAAGAAGGUGGCCUGUUACCAGAUGAAUCUGAAAAAUCCAUCAUCAAGGUUAGUGGAAAAACUGAAGUGGAGCCAUCUGAACUUCCACAAGCUGAAAUAAAAGAAGCAGAGUCUAAAAUGAAGAAAAGGAAAAUAUCUUUCCCCAAAUUUGGAUUCUCUAAAUCAGAAGUAUCUGAUGCUAACAUAACUCUCCCAGCCAUACAGGUCUCUUUACAUGAUGCAGAUGGGACAGAAUUACAUGUUGAAAGUAAGACCACAGAUGUAGAGGCUGAAUUCAAGGAUUCGACAGAUUCUCCAACAAAAUUUAAACUUCCUAUAAUUAAAUUUCCAAGAUUUGGAGUCUCAUUUCCCAAGACAACUGAUGCUGAUGGUGAUAUUCAAAUGCCCACUGUCAGCACAGAUGAAGCUAAACUACCUGUAGAAGCAAAAGCACUUUCUGGCACUGAAAUGACUUCUCCUGCUCCAGAGGUUGAAGUCCAGUUGAAAAACAAAAGUACUUCUGGUUCUACAUCUAAAUUGAAGAUUCCAACAAUGCAUCUCCCUAAAUCUGAUAUUUCCAUUUCCAUGACUGGGGAAGAAUCUGUUGCAAAAGAUGAGGUAUCCAAACCUGAAGUUGACUUGUCUCUUCCUGAGGCAAAGGCAGAUAUCAAAAAUGUUCAGAAAAAAGAAAUAAAAUCAUCUGAAGAAAUGUCAUUAACUAAACCAGAUAUUGAUGCUAGCCUGACUGGUCAUGAUACUGAAGAAAUUCCAGCUGUUGCAUUUUCAAAACAAGACAUCAAAGCUGCAGGUGUUGAUGUUAGUCUUCCAGUGCCUGACACUGUGAUCGAAGAGACUGAAAUGACUUCUCCUGCUCCAGAGGUUGAAGUCCAGUUGAAAAACAAAAGUACUUCUGGUUCUACAUCUAAAUUCAAGAUGCCAACAAAGCAUCUCCCUAAAUCUGAUAUUUCCAUUUCAAAGACUGGGGAAGAAUCUGUUGCAAAAGAUGAGGAUGAUGCACAGUCAGAAAUAAAGGCAGUAUCAGCAGUAGCAUCACAGGAUAAAGAUACAGGAUCACAAGAUACAGAACCGUCUAAGUUAACUUUAGAAACCCUACCGGUGGAUGCUGAAAUGAAAACUAAAGACACUGAUCCUAGUCAAGGGAGUCGAUUUAUGAUGCCCAAAUUUGAAUUCUUAUUUUCAAAGGUAAAGGGAUCAGAAUUUAAAAAGGGUGCAUCAAGAAAAGAUGCAAAAAUAUCAGAGGUUCUACUGAAACAUGACAAGGAGAGUGCUGAAGGAAAAGCAGACAUACCUGAAGCAUCUGUGGAAAUGGAGGUUAAUAUGCUUAAAAUGCCAAGGUCAGAGCAUGAAUUUUAUGAACAAGUCAUUAAAUCUCCAGAGAUUAAUAUUGAGAGGGGUGAUACAUCUGUGGAAGUAGGUGAAGUGGAUGUGAAUCUUGAGUCCAUUCAGACAACAGAUAUGUUAAAAGAUGAUCCAACCUUGGGAGGGUCACAGAUCAAAUUCAAACUUCCUACUUUCAAAUUACCCAAAUUCAGAAGUUCAUCUACCAAAGAAAAAGCUGAAAUAAUGGAUUUGAGGGGUGAGGAAAUUACUUUGGAGACUGAAGAUUUAAUCACAUCAGUAGAACCAUCAGAUGUCAAAAUUGACUCUAAUGUGCCCAGUCAAGAGCUGAAGAAACUCUCAAUCAGUGCUGAUCAGACAAAGGUAGAUAGUGGAGAUCAAUAUACCCUGUCAAUUACAGAGGCCAGUGUAUCAAAGGCAAAAGGCUAUAUUUCUUCACCACAGGCAAAACUUGGGGAACCGUCAACUAAAGCAGAAGUAUCACAAGCCACUCUAGAAAGCAAAAUGGAUCAAGAAGUUGAUUUAAAAAACACAGGUAUGAAAAUGAAAAAGCCAGGCUUUUCACUUCCUAAAUUUGGAUUUUCUAAACCAGAUAUCAAGUCCCCAGAGAUUGAUGUCAGUCUUGCACCAGUUGAUAUCUCCAAACCAGAAAGUGACCUGAAAAUUGAAGAACAAAUUAUGAAUACCACAGUGUCAAAUGUUGAGGAUGAUCAAAAAGAUACAACAGCGCUCGGUGCCACAGCAAAAUUUCAACUCCCCUCAAUUAACAUCCCAAAGAUUGGAGGACAAACUAUAAAGGAAGAGAAAACUAUUCCAAUUGUAGAUAUAGCUAUUAAAGGACCUGAAGUGACUGGUACAGGUACACAAAUAAAAAUAUCAAGUGAAUCCCCAUCAGUAGAUAUUAAGGGACCCCAUCUAGCCACAGAGGGUCAAUCUGUAAGUGUUGAUUUAAAUGUUGAAGAUGCUGAACUUGGAAAACAGGGGGGAAAGUUUAAGUUGCCAAAGUUCGGUGUUGGCCUUCCUAAAGUAAAAGGGUUUGAUUUAAAUACAUCCAAGAAAGAAAUUCUUAUAGAAAAGCCAGAGAUAACAUCUAAGGGGAUGGUUCAGUUACCAGAAUCAGAAUGUCUAGAUGUGCAGAUGAAGACAUCACCUGAAUUUGGGUUUUCAAAACCAGAAGUAAAAGCCCCUGAAGUUGAUAUAAGUAUUCAAAAAACAGAUAUCCCCACAGAAGGCAGUAUGGACCUAGAUGAAGCAAACGUGGAUAUUAAAGUGUCAAAGAUGGAAUCUGACCAAAAGGGUUCAACAAUUUUUGGAUCUCCAACAAAGUUUAAACUCCCAUCAAUGAGCCUCCCGAAAUUUGGUGUUAGAUCACAAAAAGUAGCAUUAGACAUUAAUGUGGCAGAUUCAGAGCUAGAGGGAACAUAUAUGAAAACAGAUAUUUCCAAACCUGAUGUGAAAUCAGAAGUACAGCCACCCAAAACUGAACCUAAAGUUGAAGGGAGUGCAGAUAUGCCUGAGGAUGAUUCCAAAGGAAUGCAAGUAAAAGUGAAGAGACCAAGCUUUUCAUUCCCCAAGUUUGGGUUUUCUAAACCAGACACAGCAAAUCCAGAAGUUAAUAUCAGUAUACCAAAGGCUGAAGUAUCCAUACCAGAGGUCAAUGUACCUGUUAAAGAACAAACACUUCCAGGAGGAGAGGCUGAACAUAAAGAUGCAAUUAUUGUUAGUUCCCCAACCAAAUCUAAACUGACAGAAGUUGACCUGCCAAUAUUUGGAGUCAAAACUUCAAAAGGUACAGUAAAUUUACCAUCAGCAGAUGAGGACAUCAAGGUGUCAUGUCAAAUUCAAAAAGCUGACUUAGAUGUAAAAGAAAUAGAGACCGAUAUACAUGCCACAAAAGGAGAAACUGAUGUUCAUCUAGCAGAAGAAAAAGUAAUACUACCUAAACCUGAUGCUGACGUUCAAGACAUAUCCAUUGAAGGUAAAGCAGAUAUGCCUGAAGUUGACUUGAAAGGGCAUGAUGUGAAACUGAAGAAGCCAGGCUUUUCACUACCAAAAUUAGGUUUUUCAAAGACAGAAAUUAAGGAGAUAGAUGUUGAUGCCAGUCAACUAAAGGCAGAUAUAUAUAUGCAAGAGCAUAUCAUGCCUGUUGUAGACAAAGAUGCAGAAAUCACCAUCAAAGAAGAAGUGAAAUUACAAGGAGAUACAACAACUCAGACAAAAUUUAAGCUGCCUACAAUCAACUUUCCAAAGUUUGGACUCAAAUAUCCAAAAGCUACACCUGAUAUUCCAUCAGCUGAAGUAGAUAUCAAAGAACCUGAAAUCAGUUUCCCAGGAAAAGGAGAGGUGCAAACCACUGACACAGAAACAACCACAGAUAUUAAAGGGCCUGCUGUUGAUGUGGACAUUAAUGUCAGUGAGACUGAUGAUGAUGGAAUGGGGAGUAAGUUCAAAUUGCCAAAAUUUGGAAUUGGCAUGCCAAAAGUAAAGGAAAUAGAUAUGGAGGGUAAAGAAAUAAACAUAGAGACUGGCCUGCUAUGUGAAGAAAAUGUAAUUGUACAAAAGCCUGGUGAUGAAAUUCAAAAUUUGACCAUUGAGGGGAAAACAGAUAAAGUUGAUGCUGACUACAAAGUGAAACUUCCAGAAAUGGGAUUUUCAAAACCAGACCUUAAGGCUCCUAAAGUUGAUGUGAGUUUACCCAAAGCUGACAUGGGCACAUCAGUGGGAAAUGUUGAUGUUUCAAAGCAAUUUGCAGACAUUAAUGUACCAGAACACGGUCCUUAUUUGAAGGAGGACACUUUUGCCUCUCCAACCAGAUUUAAACUUCCAACAUUCAGUUUCCCAAAAUUUGGAACCAAAGCAUCAAAGGAUACAGUUGAUAUACCUACGGCACAUGUGGACAUCAAAGUUCCUGAAGUAAGCCUUCCAGAUAAGAAGUUUAACAUGUCAGGAGAAGUGUCAAGUGUUGAAAUGAAAGGGCCAACAAUAGAUGAUCCAUUCAUUGACAUAAACAUUAAGGGGGAUGAUAAAAAGCAACAAGAGGGCAAAUUUAAGCUUCCAAAAUUUGGGAUUGCUCUUCCAGCAAUUAAAGGUCAAGACAGUGACCAAGGGCCUAAGAAAGCUCUGACUGAAACCAAAUUGAAAAUGUCAGGGGAUGUACUAUCUAUAGACAAGGAAGAGCUAAUGUUACCCAAAGGAUCAGUGGAAGUGGAUGUGGAGGCUAAAGGAGCUGAACUUGAAGUAGAAGAAAGUCAAACCAAACUACCACAGUUUGAAAUUUCUCUACAAGCAUCAGAAAGUCCAGAAUUUGAUAUUAGUGUUUCAAAAGCAGAGGUUUCUAAAUAUGACGUAAGAGAAGCUGGUACAGAAAAAGAUGUUGUGGUUGAGGAACCAGCAGAUUUAACUGAAAUGAGUUCUAAGGGACUUAGUGUAAAAAUGAAGAAACCAAGCUUUGGAUUUCCAAAUUUUGGAUUUUCAAAAUCUGAUGGCAAGGCCCAAGAUAUUCAAGCCAGUGAAAUGACACCAAAUAUAUCUUUGCCAGGGGGCAAUACAGAAAUAGGAGAAAGUGAAAAAGAAGGCAAAACCGAAAUAACAGAUCCCAAAUUUGGCUCGCCAACUAAAUUUAAACUCCCAACAAUGAAAUUACCCAAAUUUGGACUCUCCACUCCAAAGGUCCCUAGUAAUGCAACAAAGGCUGAUUCUGAAACCAAGGAAAUGAAAGUUAGUUCUGUGGAUUAUGAGAUAGAGACUUCAAAGUUGGAUCUUUCAGGUCACAUCAAAGGCAAAACUGUAGAGACUGAAACCCCAUCUAUUGAUAUUAAUAUAAAAGAAAAAGAGGUUAAUCAAGAGGGACAGGAAAUUAUAUUUAAACGUCCAAAAUUUGGGAUUUCGUUGCCAAAAGUAAAAGUUCCUGAGAUGACAGUAACUGCAAAAGAGGUAAAGACAGAAACACCUGAAAUUGGGAUGACUGAACCAGAAAUCAAGAUGCAAGCAGAAGAUGCAAUUCUCCCAAAAGUAGACAUGGCUCUAGAAGAAAGUUCCAGUCUUGAAAAAAAAGAGGUAGAGACUGAGUUGAAAGAUGAUACAGUUGUUUCAGGUUCUCCAAGUAAAUUCAAAUUUCCUACUUUUAAAAUGCCAAAAUUUGGAAUUUCAACUCAAAAAGCAUCUGAUGGAAAAUUAAAAGAAGCAGAAGUAGAUGAACCAGAUAGUAACACUGAAUUAAAUAUUGAAGACAAGAGUGUACAAGUGUCUAAAGAAUUACAAAGAGAGAGUGAAAUUAAAGAAACCACUGAACAGCUUCCAGACACUGCUACUAAAAAACUGGAUGGGGACAAAGGCUCCACAAGUAAAUUCAAUCUUCCUACAAUAAAUACGCCAAAGAUCAGCAUUUCAAGAACAAAAUCUCAGGAAGGAGAAGAUGACACAACUACCAAAGCGAAUGCUCCAGAUGCUAAAACAGAAACCAAAGAUGAUACACAACCUGGAAAAUCACCCAAAUUUACAAUGCCUACACUUGAGGAUGUCCUCAGGGGCUUUGAGGUUGAAUUUAAUGUUCCAACAAUAGAGGAAAUGGAAGCACAAAAGGAUGAUUUAUCUGUUAAGCAAGAUCAGGAGGCUGAAGCCAAAGCUGAGGAAACUGCAGAAUAUAAAGACAAAGGAGCUCAGGAGAAAUCAAAGUUUACAUUUAAAUUUCCAAAAUUAGGAUUCAGCCAGUCUUCAGAUGAAAGCGAUAAAUUGGUUGAUGUUAAGAUUGAAGAAAGUGAAAAGCAUUUGGAGGCUUCAGCAGAUCAGAAAGCAACUGCAAGCAAAGAACAAAUAAAAACAGAGAAAUGGGGCUGGUUCAAGUUCUCAUUUUCUUCUCCAACCAAAACAUCAAAAAACGAUGUGAAAGAAAUAAUCCAACCGCCUGAAGAGGCUGAGAAGCUUGAUGAUGUUGAGAAAGAAUUAAGCAAGGCACACAAGGAACCUGAGAAGAUUUCACUCAGUGAGGCUGUGGAGGAAAGCCUCAGCCCACCACUGUCACCGAAGUCAUCUGAAGCUUUUGCAGAUAUAAGUUCUACAGUAACCACUGAGCAGAUUGGCAUGUCACAGACCUCACCUACAAAGGUUAAAGUGAGAUAUGCUGAACCCACUGUCACUGUUGGGGUCAAUGAUGUACAAAAUGAUGUUGUGACUUCCACAGCCAGGUGUAAACUGAUAUCAAUGGAGCCUCACCAGCCAGAGAAAGUCAACAUCCCUUUCUUAUCGGAUAUGUGCUCAGCCUCAGCCGACACCCUGAAACAGAUGUCAGGGGAAAUUCAUGUCAUCACAUCGAACAUACAAGCUAUACCAGAAACACAGCAAGCCUCAAUCCUUACUAAUUUAGAUGCCUGUGGAAUUCACACCUCGCCUUUACAAGUAACAGUAGGCUCAGAUUCAGUUUUGACAGUGGUGGAAACCAGAGAACAAAGUGGGAUGCCCACAUUGGUAGAAAGGCAUGUUGUGAAAGAGACUCUACAUGAUGACAAAGAGACAAAACUUGUGACACAGAGAACAUGUGUAUUUGAAGGAGACUCUGCAGAACCCAUUUCUGAUGAGACAGCUUCUUCAAUUUGCAGGCUUAGAGACACGGUACACACCGAAAAAAUUAGUUUUUUUGACAGUGCAGCAACAAUUGAAGAGGUCACAUUAGUGAGCACUAAAACAUCUCUAAGACAUAUGGAAUCCUCUACCGAUGAUAAUGGGGGGAAAUGAACAUGGGAUAUGGCUGGGUUGAUUUUAUGCUUUUGAAUGUAUGUUUCAGUGUUCUUUAUUGUCAUGUAAGCCAGCUGAAUUGUAACACUAUUAUGCAACAACGCUGAUAAUUAUAAACAUAUACUUAUGAGUAUUGUUUAGCUAACAGAAAUGUUAUGCUUAAUAGCCUUUAAAAAACUAUAUCCACUGGAAAAAUUAUGUAUGAACAUGGAAUAAUAGAAAAACAAAUAUAUUAUUAUUUAUGUGCAGGUUGUCAGUGUGCUUUAUUGUAAAUCUGUCAUCAUGGGUCUUGGAGAUCACCCAAUCACCAAUUAAACAGAUAUAUUCAUAUAAAAUUAAUUUCAAAGUUGAUGUGGCAGUAUCACAUUUUGUGGCAUUUGUUUCUUUAAAGUUAUUUCGGGAAAACUGUGUAAUUGCAAUUAUAAUUCUUUUUUUCUGCAGCCUUGAGAAAGAAUAAAAACAUUGUGUAAAUGUGUUUUAUUCACCACAAAGCUUUUGCACCUAUGGUAUGGUAUGAUGGAAUCAAUGGACUUGCAAAAUACCCAAUGCAUAUUUUCAAAUACAAAUCAUUUUCUUAAUAAGCAAUGACUUUUCUUUUAACAUAGUCAAAAUAAUAAAUUUUGAUGUUGUAAGAGAAAUACUUUUAUUGGUUUCUGCAAAAUAAAGAAAUAAGUGAAAUUAUACUCUGUGUCUCUG